UCAUUUUUCUGCAUUUGUAGCUGAAUUUCCAGCUGACAUGACGGAAAUGUUUUUUCAUGGAUUUCCGACGUGCUGCAAAAAACAGUAACAAUAUUUUUUCCCUCUGCAGCUACCUGGAUAUGAUGCCCAUCAGUGGUCACUGCCCCACCUUCAUUAAGGCCGAGCCUGCGAGCCCCGCCUCCGUGAUGCAGCACAGCCCCGAAGGAUCGUCGUCGGACAGCUACGGCUCGCUAACACGGAGUUACCAUGGGGCCGUGGCCUCGCCAGGUUCAUAUCACACCUCAGGGGCAGAGCUUAGGUCCGAUUCGGUUCCCGAGCUGCAGAUGAAGCAUGAGUUUGAAGCGAGUUCGGGGCCCAAGCGCAUGUGUUUGGUGUGUGGAGACGUCGCGUCUGGGUUUCAUUACGGUGUGGCGUCCUGUGAAGCCUGCAAGGCCUUCUUCAAGCGUACUAUUCAAGGCAGUAUUGAAUACACGUGUCCGGCGAGCAGUGAGUGUGAGAUUACUAAGAGGAGGAGGAAAUCCUGCCAGGCCUGUCGCUUCACCAAGUGCAUCAAAGUGGGCAUGCUGCGAGAGGGUGUACGACUAGACAGAGUUCGAGGAGGUCGUCAGAAAUACAAACGCACCAUAGGCUCCGACAGCAACUCUUACCUCAGCAUGCAGUUACCACAGACACUUAAGAGAAUACGCACAGAGUCCUACACUGCUGAGAACAAGGUGGUGUCUCACCUGUUGGGGGCGGAGCCAGAGAAGGUGUAUGCCAUGCCUGACCCCGCCCUCCCCGAUGAUGACAUCAAAGCUUUGACCACAUUGUGUGAUCUUGCCGAUCGUGAACUAGUGCUGAACAUUGGCUGGGCCAAACAUCUUCCAGGUUUCUCCAGUCUUUCUCUUCCAGACCAGAUGCGUCUCCUGCAGAGCGCAUGGAUGGAGAUCCUGAUCCUGCGUGUGGUCUUCCAUUCUCUGGACGCUCAGGACAGCCUGGUGUUCGCCGAGGAUUACGUGAUGGACACAGAGCAGGCGAAAAGAACCGGUCUGCUCGAGCUCCACGUGGCCAUACUGCAGCUCGUCAGGAAGUACAGAGCUAUGGGCCUGGAGAGGGAGGAGUUCGUCACACUCAAGGCCAUCGCACUCGCAAACUCGGACUCUAUGCAUAUCGAGGAUGUCGAGGCAGUGCAGAGGCUGCAGGACUGCGUGCACGAAGCUCUACAGGACUACGAACAGCAUCGCCAUGGUGAUGACCCGCGGCGGGCGGGCAAACUGAUCAUGACCCUCCCGCUGCUGCGGCAGACCUCGGCUAAGGCGGUGCAGUAUUUCUGCAGCAUCAAGCAGGACGGCCGGAUUCCCAUGCACAAACUCUUCCUGGAGCUGCUGGAGGCCAACACACAGCCCUCGCCCUGAUUGGUCCACGGCUCUGAGGUGACCACGCCCUCUACAGAGCUCAUCAAGAUAUCCGAUAAGAACUAUGAAGAAUGUAACUAAAGGUUAAUGGUAGAGUAGAGGAACAAAAAAAAGGGGGAAAGAAGAUCGUAUAAAUGAUUGUAAUACGUAAAACAAUGAUUUAUUGAAGAAACCGUGUCACAGCUGCGCUAAUUUAAGGUGACGUUUUAUUUUACUGGUGCUUCAUAUCUACGAAUAUAAAGGAGAUGGACGGGAUGUCGGACUUGCCAAAGAACAGGGAAGUCAUCUCUGAAGAGGGACGGACGCUUCGGUGAACAGAAAAGUACAAAAAACAUCGAAAAUAAUCAUUGUUCACAAUAAAGAUGUGUUAUUUAUAAGAAUGUAAUAAGUCUCAGCAGGAGAAGGGCAGGCGUGCGUUGCUGCUGCUAAUCGUUGUUUAUGUUGAUGCUUCACGAUUGUAUUGCUGAAGGUCGAUGCUGUUGAGCUCGAAUCUCACUACAGUUCAAAGGAAGUGAGGAAUUGUAGGAUUUCAGGUUUCUUGCAAUAAUAAUAAUAAUAAAAAAAACUGUAGAUUUA